AUCGACGUACGGAUGAUCGAAUGGGUAUAUAAGCCGGUCGUAGUAAAGGUACAAGCAUCAUUCGACAGUCGUGCAACCCUUGAGUAGCAUCGAAAACUACAAAAAAUCAACAUGAAGUGCAUCGCUUUCGUUCUCCUCGCUCUCGCUGCUUUCGUUAUCGCCGAUAAGCAGCCCUUGGACGCGGAGGCCAUCGAGCCCAACAAGCAGGAAGUCGCCGCGCCGGAAGCACCGCGGGACAAGCGGGGCCUUCUUCUGAGUGCAGCCUACACUGCACCAGUUGCAUACACCUCCUAUGCAGCCCCUCUUGCGUACAGUGCACCCUACACCUACCCCUAUGCCUACUCCGCUUACUCGGCUUAUCCUUACUACGCUGCUGCUGCCUACAGUGCACCCCUUAUCGUGGCCUGAGGAUGUUAUCGAAGACGAGGACCCCUGAUGCUGGUGGAGAAGAUCGAUUGGGGAGGAUCGGUAUUAUUUUUCGAAAUUAUUUCAUGAUAUUAUUUUUUUUUAAAUUGCUCGAUCCGAAAACCCGGCCGUGCUUGGUUAUCCAAGCCGGAAACGAUUGAUUGGAUAUAUUGAACAGAUUGACUGUAUCGGAUCGCAUUAGAAAUUUUGAUAAGCAAUCGAUCUCACGCCAUCUUCAAUUCUGUACAAUGAUGUAAUAUAAUAAAUACGAAACUGAUAUAAACUAAAA